UUUCCAGUUAUUCUCGAAGAGUCGGAGUGAUUGCGGCAAUGCAGAAUUCUUCUAUGUUCCAAGCAUCCGAGCAAGGUGUUUACUCGAGUUUGAUUAUGGUUCGGUGUAUAGGUAGCGAGUGGAAUGGCAAUACAUUCAUUGGUGAAACAAUGGCCACUAUCAUCUUUGGUAUCGAGGACACGCAUUCAGAGAUCAUUCGUGCACACAUCGCAAAAUUACCCCCGCUCGGGUCUCAACACAUGCCAAAAUUAACAAAGACCAUAGAAUGUCACCC